AUCGGCAUGCGCAAACAUGGCAGACUCUGCUCUCCCGCCAGAUAAAAGCCAGCGGAAAAGAAAAGGAAAGCCUGCCUAGUGAAUGCAACUGCAAAAUAGAGUAAGAAAGCAGUUCCUGAAUGCUCACUGAUGAGCCAGACUGAGUAAAGUCCAGCCAGAGGCAGAUCAUUAACCUGCUUAAUCUGUUCCUGCUCCGCUCUUCUCGAUAAAGACUGUUGGACAUCAUGUGAGAAAGGACUAGGUAACAUGGAUCCUGCAGAGCCCACACUCGCAUCCAACCUCCACAGACCGAGGAAGCACUCCAACACAGCAGCUGAGCCUGAGCUGCCCCUUGCAGAUGGCUGUGUACAGGAGCUGGCUUCUGAGGGCAUCAAGGACACCGAGCAGCUCUCUGGAAUCAAGACUCAGACACCGGGCUUUGAAAUGAUCUACAGAAUCGAGGACGUUCCACCCUGGUAUUUGUGUAUUUUGCUUGGACUACAGCACUACUUGACAUGUUUCAGCGGCACCAUCGCUGUACCUUUCCUACUGGCCGACGCCAUGUGUGUGGGCCAGGAUCAGCACACCAUAAGCCAGCUAGUUGGGACGAUUUUCACCUGUGUGGGCAUUACCACUCUUAUACAAACCACUUUUGGUGUCAGGUUGCCCCUGUUUCAGGCCAGCGCGUUUGCUUUCCUCAUCCCUGCCCAGGCCAUUCUCAGACUGGACAGGUGGAAGUGUCCUCCUGAAGAGGAGAUUUAUGGAAACUGGACCCUACCCCUCAAUACCACACAUAUCUGGCAGCCCCGGAUUAGAGAGAUCCAGGGGGCCAUUAUUGUGUCUAGUGUGGUGGAAGUGGUAAUUGGGCUGGUGGGAAUUCCUGGACUCCUGCUUAAUGCCAUCGGGCCUCUGACCGUCACCCCCACCGUGUGUCUGAUCGGCCUGUCUGUGUUCCAGACCGCUGGAGACCGUGCAGGCAGCCACUGGGGCCUCUCUCUGCUAUGCAUCUUCUUCAUUGUGCUUUUUGCCCAGUAUCUCAGGAAUUGGGCCGUCCCCUUUCCCUUUUAUUCGAGACAAAAAGGCUGUCACACCUCCCAUUUCCAGAUCUUCAAGAUGUUUCCGAUCAUCCUGGCUGUCAUGCUGGUGUGGUUUGUGUGUUAUAUCCUCACGUUGACAGAAGUGUUGCCCAAUGACCCAGAGAAGUAUGGCUACAAGGCUCGAACUGAUGCCAGGGGGGAGAUCAUGUCCCAAACGCCAUGGUUUCGCAUCCCCUAUCCCUGUCAAUGGGGCUUACCUACAGUGACAGUAGCUGGAGUGCUGGGAAUGUUCAGUGCCACUAUAGCUGGCAUGGUGGAAUCUGUUGGAGACUACUAUGCAUGUGCCCGUCUUGCUGGAGCUCCUCCACCUCCUGUUCACGCAAUCAACAGAGGGCUCUUUACAGAGGGUGUGUGCUGCAUCAUAACAGGCUUAAUGGGAACAGGAAAUGGCUCCACUUCCUCCAGUCCUAAUAUUGGAGUGCUUGGCAUUACCAAGGUGGGCAGUAGGAGAGUGGUGCAGUACGGGGCAAUCAUAAUGUUGCUGUUGGGGACCAUUGGGAAGUUCACGGCCUUGUUUGCUUCGCUGCCAGAUCCAGUACUUGGAGGCUUGUUCUGCACCUUGUUUGGUAUGAUCACGGCUGUGGGCUUGUCAAACCUGCAGUAUGUGGAUCUGAACUCCUCACGAAACCUUUUUGUCCUGGGGUUCUCCAUGUUCUCUGGCCUUACGCUCCCCAAUUACCUGGACACUCACCCAGGCAGCAUCAAGACAGGUGUCCCAGAGAUGGAUCAAAUCCUUACAGUUCUGCUGACCACGGAGAUGUUUGUUGGAGGAUUCUUAGCAUUUCUGCUGGACAACACCAUUCCAGGCACAAAAAAAGAGCGCGGUCUCACCGACUGGAAGGCUGAGGACUCCAGAAAAUUUGGUAGUGUCACUUCAGACACAUAUAAUUUCCCAGUUGGCAUGGGGAUGGUAAGACGGCUUGAUUGUCUUCGCUACUUGCCCAUCUGUCCCACUUUUCAGGGCUUUAAGUUGCAUCGGCGCAAAAAAAGCUUGCGUGAGGAACAGAACAAUAAGAAUGAUGAAAUUGCAGUGAACACUCCAGAGAUCACAAACUGCACCAGAGUGUAGUGUAGACUUGUAUUCCCUGUGUCAUUGUAUCAUACUUUUUUAUACAUUUCUAGAUUUUCAUAUCUGAAAAAUAAAAACUUUUUUCUUUGGUAA